UGAGGCGGGAACGGCGGCGUGAGGCGGCUCUGAGGGGGAAACGGCGGCGUGAGGCGGCUCUGAGGGGGCACGGAGGAUGGGAAUCCACGGACUGGCCAAGCUCAUUGCCGACGUGUCUCCCGGCGCCAUCCGGGAGAACGACAUCAAGGCGUACUUCGGGCGGAAGGUGGCCAUCGACGCCUCCAUGAGCAUCUACCAGUUCCUGAUCGCCGUGCGGCAGGGGGCCGAGGCGCUGCACAACGAGGAGGGCGAGACCACCAGCCACCUGGUGGGCAUGUUCUACCGCACCAUCCGCAUGGUGGAGAACGGCAUCAAGCCCGUCUACGUCUUCGACGGCAAACCCCCGCAGCUCAAGUCCGGGGAGCUGGCCAAACGCACCGAGCGCCGGGCCGAGGCCGAGAAACAGCUGCAGGAGGCUCGGGAAGCCGGGGAGGAGGAAAGCGUGGAGAAGUACAGCAAGAGGUUGGUCAAAGUGACCCAGCAGCACACUGACGAGUGCAAGAAGUUGUUGAGGUUGAUGGGCAUUCCCUACGUGGAGGCGCCCGGGGAGGCCGAAGCCAGCUGCGCCGCCUUGGUGAAGGCCGGGAAGGUGUACGCGGCUGCCACAGAGGACAUGGACUGCCUGACCUUCGGCAGCCCCGUCCUCAUGCGCCACCUGACGGCCAGCGAGGCCAAGAAGCUGCCCAUCCAGGAGUUCCACCUGAACCGCAUUCUGCAGGACCUGGACCUGACCUGGGAGCAGUUUGUGGACCUUUGCAUCCUCCUGGGCUGCGACUACUGCGAGAGCAUCCGCGGCAUCGGGCCCAAGCGCGCCGUGGAGCUCAUCAGGGAGCACAAAAGCAUCGAGAGGAUCGUCCAGCAGAUAGACACCAAGAAGUACCCUCUGCCCGAGAACUGGCUGCACAAAGAGGCCCAGAAGCUCUUCCUGGAGCCGGACGUGGUGAACCCCAGCGCCGUGGAGCUGAAGUGGACGGAGCCGGACGAAGAGCAGCUGGUGGAGUUCAUGUGUGGGGAGAAGCAGUUCAACGAGGAGAGGAUCCGCAGCGGGGUCAAGAGGCUGAGCAAGAGCCGUCAGGGCAGCACCCAGGGCCGGCUCGACGACUUCUUCAAGGUGACGGGUUCCAUCACCUCAGCCAAGCGCAAGGAGCCGGAGACCAAGGGCUCGGCCAAGAAGAAAGCCAAGACCGGCACCAGCAAGCCCAAGAAGAGCAAGUAGCCGGCUGGGCCAACCACACUCCCCUGUGAUUGCUUUUUUGUGCUCAACCAGGAGCUUUAGGCGAAAUACCAAAACCGGUCACUGUUUCUGUCCUGCACGUCACUGCUGGGAAGGAUGCUGCUGCAGUGCUCCCCAGCAAGGCUAGGUUAGUGAAUCAGCACCUUCCUGUGAGCUGAGGAGAGACAUGAAACCACCACAGCGUGGGGCUGGAGGGGGUGAGGGAGCUGCCUUCAGCUGGUUGGGGCUUGGAGGAGGAGGCUGCCAGGCCCAGAGGUGAUGCCCAGACUGCAGAGCUAAAGGGAAGCACUGACCACAAACACCCUGGCUGAGUUAAGAAGGGAAAAGUUGAACAGCCCCAGAGUGAAGGAGGUACAAAGGAUAGAGGGAUUUCUGCCUGGCAGGAUCCACCCCAGAAGAGGUAGGUGCAAAAGCAGAGGCUGAAGGAGAAGCUGGGGAGAUGUGGGUGGAAGCCAAACUGGAGCUGAGAAAGAGACUUGAAGCAACAAGGUAAACUCCUCUCUUUCAUGAGAGCCGUGUCUAGGCUCUUCUUCCCUUGUCAUGAGUUACUUUUCCUUGUCUUUUUAAAAAGGGUAAUAAAUGGUAAUCCAAGUUCCAGCAAAGCUCUGUGCUGCUCUUGGUGCUUAAGCUGAGGUGAGGCUGCUGCUCUCCCAGCCUCAGUGUCGCUGCUAGGGCCUGCUUUCUGUUUCAAAAGACAAAUGCCACUAAACCUAGAAUGGCAGCCUUCCCACUCCCUCAUCUCCCCAGGCAUCCUUCCCCAUUGUACCCACAGAGACAGGUUCCAGCCUGAGAAGAAAAAGGUAGUGCCUCUUUUUUUCAUCCCCUCCUUGUUUUUAUCCCUCAUUUUGCAUAGUGUUACUUGGCAAAGCGAUGUGCUGGGGUUUGUUUUCAGAAUAAAGGU